CAAGACACCUUCUUACAAUCAGAAUGCAGGUUUUUCUUUUCGCUCUCUGCAUUUCUGCAGCUGUAGCUCAAAGCAUCAGUUACGGAAACGACGCCAUUGUUGGAGGUAAAGUUGGUAAAGUUCUUGGUAGCAAGCUUUAUGCUGAUAAAAUUGGACACAAUAAUCAUGAUGUACAUGAUUUAGGUCAUGAUGGACACAGUCUUGGUAAAGAUAGUCAUGGAUAUGGUGUAAAGAGUGAAGAUUAUGGUUUUGGAAAGAGUCUCGUCAAUCCACUCUCUGGUAAAGGCAUCAACACAUUUGGAUUCGGAAACGGUCUUGGUAAACUUGGUUUUGGUUUCGGAGCUGGUCCUUAUAAUGGACCUUAUGCCGCUGGUCGACAACUUGGUGUUGGGCAUGCUAUCGCCGGUGGCUUCAACGGAGUUUCUGAAGCUGUUGUUCCUAAAUAUGGCGCUCCCUCUUAUGGAAAAGAUCACCAAACCUAUCCCAGCAAUGGCCAUAAAGAUAACCACAUUACCGGCUUCGGUCCACACGUUGACGGACACUCAGAUAACUACAACCACCAACCCAUUAAUGAUUACAAACCAUCUGGAUACAACCAACAACCAAUCAACGACUACAAACCAACCAAUAGCUACAAUCAAAACCAAGGCAACGACUACAAGCCACAAUAUAACUACAACCAACACCCAAUCAACGACUACAAGCCAUCUGGAUACAACCAACACCAAGUCAACGACUACAAGCCAACUGGAUACAACCAACACCCAAUCAACGACUACAAGCCAACUGGAUACAACCAACACCAAAUCAACGACUACAAGCCAACUGGAUACAACCAACAUCCAAUCAACGACUACAAGCCAACUGGAUACAACCAACACCCAAUCAACGACUACAAACCAACUGGAUACAACCAACACCCAAUCAACGACUACAAGCCAACAGGCUACAACCAACAAUCAAUCAACGACUACAAGCCAACCAACAACUACAACCAACAUCCUAUCAACGACUACAAGCCAACAGGAUACAACCAACACCCAAUCAACGAUUAUAAACCAACUGACUACAACCAACACCAGGUCAAUGACUACAAGCCAUCCAAUGAUUACAACCAACACACAGACAACAACUACGGGUACAAGCCAAACAAUUACAAUAAUGAUCACAAAACCAAUGACUAUAAGCCAGCCAACUACCAACAAUACGACAAUUCUCAUCCUUCAAAUGACUACAACAAACAACCACAGAAAUACCAACCCGUUGGAUACAAUGGACACGACAAUAACUACAAUGGCCAUCCUUCAAACGAUUACAACAACCAGCAACCAAAGUACCAACCAAUUGGAUACAACGCUCACCAAUCAAAUGGCUAUCAACAACCAAAAUACCAACCCGUUGGAUACAACUCUCAUCCAUCUAAUGACUACAACUACAAACCAAAUAACUACAACAACGCUCAUCAAUCCAAUGAUUACAGCCCAAAAUCCAACGACUACAAACCAAAGGGUAACGACUAUGCUCACCAAGUUGGCAACUACAACGGGCACCCAAGCAAUAACUUCAAUUCUUACAAUAAGAAUAUUGAUAACCAUUACAAUCCUAAAUAUUAGGCAUAAAUUUUAAAUCUCGGGAUAUAGAGCACAUACACUAACAUGGCACAAUCGUGUGGUAUACUACUCGUGGGUUAUUAGACACAACGUUUCGACAUUUUACACUGUUGAAACUGAUUAUGCACAAUGUUUCACCAGUUUACAAAUUUUGAAUGAUGUAAAUAAUGCUCCUUCGUGAUUUUCUUAAUCGCAAGGUUUCGAAAAUUUUACAUUGAUGGGUGAGAAGUUUUUUGUUAACUCCUUAAGUAGUAUACGAUAAAAUUGUGCUAGGUUAUUUGUAUGUCAUAGAAAAUGCCGAUCUUUGGUUACCUUCUUGUAAUGUCAUUUUUUUACUAUUUUAUACUGGAUAAAGAUUAUAUUUUAAACUGUU